GCAAGCAAAACUGGGCUGUCACUGGCUGGGGACGGAUGCUCUUGGCCAGCUUUGCAGAGACACAGGUUACUGAUGACAUGAGGGCCCGGUAACGGGCAGAUGAGACCCAGUUGCCUAGAGACCCGAUCUCUACAGGCAACAGCUCAGCUUUCCCUAGCAACCACGGCCUUUUGGUUCCACCUGGCCUCCCUGGGGAUGCUUCUGCCGUUCCCUGCACAUCUCCUCAAUCUGAUUAGAAGCAGGAAGGAUUGCUGGCUCCUCUGCCACUGGAGCCACACUGGCUCGGGAGCUGGGCUCCCACUUGCAUGCACCCACCCAGGCUUGGGAUGAAUGUCACAGCCCUCAGCUGAACCCCUGCACCAUGGGCAUCCUGACUGGCCCUGACCGAGAGACCCAAGGUGCUGCUGGAUAGCUGUGUGGUGUCUCAGGUGGGUGUGGACCAGAGUGAAGAAGACAGGACCCGGCCCCAGAGCGCUUCAGACCAGAAGCUGUGGGAGGAAGCUGGGGAGGAGGCCGAGAAGGAGGCUGAAGAGGAGGCCAAGGAGGAGGCUGAAGAGGAGGCUGAAAAGGAACACCAGGACCGCGCCGAGACCAAGGAGGAACCUGAGGCCGAGGCCAAGGCUGCCAGUUCAGGAGUCCCCAGGGUCGCACCUCUGCCUGAGACCCUCUGGCCCCAGCACCAUGGCUACACCAGGCCAGAACAUGGAGCUGAAUCGCCUAGUCCAGGACCAGCUACCUGGCCAGGUGGCCCCUGCCUCUGCGUUCCAAAACCUGGUAGAGCAUCUCCCUAAUGUGCCCAGCUACCGUGUCCCAGUCACCCGCAUCCCUGUCCUCACCUCCCGGAGAACCAGCUUGUCCAACUCCAGCUUCGCCAAGGAGACCAGGAGCUCCAUCCGCCGACUAGUGCCUGCCACGAAAGAGCACCCGGAAGUGCAGGUGGAAGAUACGGAUGCUGAUAGCUGCCCCCUCUUGGCAGAAAAGAAUCCACCCUCACCCGUGUUGCCGCCACCGUCUCCUGCCAAAUCCGACACCCUCGCAGUCCCAAGCUCAGCCUUGGGGACACACAGGAAGAAGCUGCCCUCUGAGGAUGAUGAGGCUGAAGAGCUUAAGGCGUUGUCACCAGCCGAGUCCCCAGUGGUUGCCUGGUCGGACCCCACCACCCCAAAGGACACUGACGGCCAGGACCGUGCGGCCUCCGUGGCCAGCACAAAUAGCGCCAUCAUCAACGACCGGCUCCAGGAGCUGGUGAAGCUCUUCAGGGAGCGGACAGAGAAAGUGAAGGAGAAACUCAUCGACCCUGAUGUCACCUCUGAUGAGGAGAGCCCCAAGCCCUCCCCAGCCAAGAAAGCCCCAGAGCCAGCUCCAGACACGAAGCCCGCGGAAGCCGAGCCAGUGGAAGAGGAGCACUAUUGCGACAUGCUCUGCUGCAAGUUCAAACGCCGCCCCUGGAGGAAGUACCAGUUUCCCCAGAGCAUUGACCCGCUGACCAACCUGAUGUAUAUCCUAUGGCUGUUCUUUGUGGUGAUGGCCUGGAAUUGGAACUGUUGGCUGAUUCCCGUGCGCUGGGCCUUCCCCUACCAGACCCCGGACAACAUCCACCUCUGGCUGCUGAUGGAUUACCUGUGUGACCUCAUCUACUUCCUGGACAUCACCGUGUUCCAGAUACGCCUGCAGUUUGUCAGAGGCGGGGACAUUAUUACGGACAAAAAGGACAUGCGAAAUAACUACCUGAAGUCUCGCCGCUUCAAGAUGGACCUGCUCAGCCUCCUGCCCUUGGAUUUUCUCUAUUUGAAAGUCGGUGUGAACCCCCUCCUUCGCCUGCCCCGCUGUUUAAAGUACAUGGCCUUCUUCGAGUUUAACAACCGCCUGGAAUCCAUCCUCAGCAAAGCCUACGUGUACAGGGUCAUCAGGACCACAGCCUACCUUCUCUACAGCCUGCACUUGAAUUCCUGUCUUUAUUACUGGGCAUCGGCCUAUGAGGGCCUCGGUUCCACUCACUGGGUUUACGAUGGCGUGGGAAACAGUUAUAUUCGCUGUUACUACUUUGCUGUGAAGACCCUCAUCACCAUCGGGGGGCUGCCUGACCCCAAGACACUCUUUGAAAUUGUCUUCCAGCUGCUGAAUUAUUUCACGGGCGUCUUUGCUUUCUCUGUGAUGAUUGGACAGAUGAGAGAUGUGGUAGGGGCCGCCACCGCGGGACAGACCUACUACCGCAGCUGCAUGGACAGCACGGUGAAGUACAUGAACUUCUACAAGAUCCCCAAGUCCGUGCAGAACCGCGUCAAGACCUGGUACGAGUACACCUGGCACUCGCAAGGCAUGCUGGAUGAGUCAGAGCUGAUGGUGCAGCUUCCAGACAAGAUGCGGCUGGACCUUGCCAUCGACGUGAACUACAACAUCGUUAGCAAAGUCGCACUCUUUCAGGGCUGUGACCGGCAGAUGAUCUUUGACAUGCUGAAGAGGCUUCGCUCUGUUGUCUACCUGCCCAAUGACUAUGUGUGCAAGAAGGGGGAGAUCGGCCGUGAGAUGUACAUCAUCCAGGCAGGGCAAGUGCAGGUCUUGGGCGGCCCUGAUGGGAAAUCUGUGCUGGUGACGCUGAAAGCUGGAUCUGUGUUUGGAGAAAUAAGCUUGCUGGCUGUUGGGGGCGGGAACCGGCGCACGGCCAACGUGGUGGCCCACGGGUUUACCAACCUCUUCAUCCUGGAUAAGAAGGACCUGAAUGAGAUUUUGGUGCAUUAUCCUGAGUCUCAGAAGUUACUCCGGAAGAAAGCCAGGCGUAUGCUGAGAAACAACAACAAGCCCAAGGAGGAGAAGAGCGUGCUGAUCCUUCCGCCCCGGGCGGGCACCCCGAAGCUCUUCAGUGCUGCCCUCGCUGUGACAGGAAAGAUGGGCGACAAGGGGGCAAAAGGCGGCAAACUUGCUCACCUCCGGGCCCGGCUCAAAGAACUGGCUGCGCUGGAGGCGGCUGCAAAGCAGCAAGAGUUGCUGGAACAGGCCAAGAGCUCGCAAGACGCCAAGGGAGAGGAAGGCUCGGCCGCCCCAGACCAGCCCACGCCCCCAAAGGAGGCCACCCCCGACCCACCCGCGCCCCAGACGCCCCCCGAACCCCUGGGGUCUCCACCGCGCUCUCCACCGCCUGCCUCCCUUGGGAGGCCCGAGGGAGAAGAGGAGGGGUCGGCCCAGCCUGAGGAGCACUCGGUGAGGAUCCGCAUGAGCCCAGGCCCGGAGCCCGGCGAGCAGAUCCUGUCGGUGGAGAUACCGGAGGAAAAGGAGGAGAAGGUGGAGUAAGGUGUGGUGAGGCAGCUCCCACGCGCAGUUCCGGCAGGUGUGCCCCCAGUGCCCGCUGCGCCCCUGCGCCCCAGCUUCCCCCAUGGCCCAAGAGGAGAUGCUUUUCCGCAGUCGUGGCCUCAGUGGCUGCAGCUCUGACCGCCCUGCCAGCACGCCAGCCCCGACUCAGCUCCUCGCGGGCUGGGCCUGAGCGCGACACAUUUCAUCAAGUGUUCCAGUCCCUGAGCUCUCAGUAUCAGUUGAGAGCCCUGCCUUUUCCUGACUGUUCCGUUUUUUAAGAACAAAAUGAUGUUCCACUUUUAAAGUUCAUGGGUGGGGGAUAAAAUGAGGCUCCAAUAUAUGGGAAG